ACGUGUCACCUCCACGUAGCAGCGGCGCCAGCAGAAUGAAUGGGAGGCGGGGCGGCCGCUCAGAGGGCGGGGCGCAUCGUGUCCGGGACUCGCUCUGGCUGGCUGGCCUCUCCUAUCUCAUUCAUAAUUCAUUAUCCCCACGCCCAGCUCCGCAUAACCCACCAAUCGGAUCCUUCCCUUCCCACUUGACUUAAACUGGGGAAGGAAGUGCUGUGAGGCAACCACAGGUCUGAGUUUGGGAGCUGACAGUCUAAUUAUACUGGAGAGCAGCACAUAGGUCUGUUGAACAAUGGCUGAGAAGGUGUUAGUGACAGGAGGCGCUGGUUAUAUAGGUAGCCAUUGUGUGCUGGAAAUGCUGGAAGCUGGAUAUCAGCCUGUAGUCAUUGAUAAUUUUCACAAUGCCAUAAGAGGGGCCAACGGUCUCCCAGAAAGCCUGCUCAGAGUGCAGGAAGUUGCAGGGAAGAAGAUUGAGUUUGAAGAGGUGGAUCUACUGGACCGAGCUGCAAUGAACAACUUGUUUGAUAAGCACAAGUUCUCGGCUGUUCUGCACUUUGCUGGCUUGAAAGCUGUUGGAGAGUCUGUACAGAAGCCACUCCUGUAUUACAAAGUGAACCUCACUGGUACUAUUCAGCUGCUGGAGAUAAUGAAAACUCAUGGGGUAAACAAGAUAGUUUUCAGCAGCUCUGCCACAGUGUAUGGUGACCCCAAGUACCUGCCUAUAGAUGAGAAGCACCCAGUUGGAGGCUGCACAAACCCCUAUGGAAAAACAAAGUAUUUCAUUGAAGAGAUGAUUGAAGAUCUAUGCAAAGCUGAAGGGGAGUGGAAUGCCAUUCUUUUGAGGUACUUUAACCCUGUUGGAUCUCACGUGUCUGGGAGGAUUGGAGAAGAUCCCCAGGGACCCCCAAACAACCUGAUGCCCUAUGUGUCUCAGGUAGCUGUUGGAAGACGGGAAUACUUAAAUGUAUUUGGAAAUGACUAUAAUACACCGGAUGGGACUGGUGUUCGAGAUUACAUUCACAUUGUGGAUCUUGCUAAAGGUCACAUUGCCGCUCUCAAGAAACUGCAGACCAGCAAUGGAUGUAAAGUGUAUAACCUGGGAACUGGAGUAGGAUAUUCUGUACUCCAGAUGGUGGCAGCAAUGGAAAAAGCUUCUAGUAAAAAGAUUCCAUAUAAAAUAGCACCACGGAGAGAGGGGGACAUUGCAACAUGCUAUGCAGAUCCCACUCUGGCUGCAGCAGAACUUGGCUGGAAGGCAGAAUAUAGCCUGGAGAGGAUGUGUGAGGAUCUGUGGCGAUGGCAAUCCUUAAAUCCAACAGGAUUUAGUACAGAGCCAUGAAGUCUCUCUGGUCAUCUAUUCCCCUCUCAUUUAUAUUCAUCAUCCUUCCACCCCCCCUCCCCCUCAGAACUAAGAAAUAGUGGACUGUAUAUAAAUCAAAGUAAAUCUCAGGACUAACUGCAAUACCUGGACCCAUGUUGGGAAAUAUCGCUCCUACCUCACAUGCAAGUAAUUUACUUAAGUGUGUACACAGACAUAGAAACUUGGCCAGGGUUUUUUUUUUUUUUACUUGCUGCAAAAUAUUGCAGUAUUAAGAAGUUAGAGACCAUAAGCUCCAAGACCAAUAGUCGCUGACAUCCAAUGCUGAUGAAGUGCUGUAACAUUCCUUAAUUUAUGACCUAUUGCUUUUUGUAUGUUUUAAUUAUUAAAGGCUGAUUUUCAAAAAAA